ACCUUUUGGAUUCUGAGCGCACUGGCGAACUUGGCGCUUUCUCAGGAGACUUUCGCGCCGCACUCGAUCAGGCUGGAGGGGGACCUGACCCUGGGUGGGCUCUUCCCGGUGCACGCCCGCGGAGUAGCCGGCGAGCCAUGCGGAGACGUGAAAAAGGAGAACGGGAUCCACCGGUUGGAGGCGAUGCUCUACGCGCUGGAUCAGAUCAACAGCGACGACGAGCUGAUGCCCAACAUCACCCUGGGAGCGCGGGUGCUGGACACGUGUUCCCGCGACACCUACGCGCUCGAACAGUCGCUCACGUUUGUCCAGGCGCUCGUCCAGAAGGACACGUCGGACGUCAGGUGCACGAACGGCGAGCCGCCGGUGUUCGUCAAGCCGGAGAAAGUGGUCGGAGUGGUCGGGGCCUCGGCGAGCUCCGUGUCCAUCAUGGUGGCCAACAUCCUGCGCCUGUUCCAGAUUCCUCAGAUUAGCUACGCCUCCACGGCGCCGGAGCUGAGCGACGACCGGCGCUACGACUUCUUCUCACGCGUCGUACCUCCAGACUCGUUCCAAGCUCAAGCCAUGGUGGAUAUUGUGAAGGCUAUGGGCUGGAACUACGUCUCCACCCUGGCUUCAGAAGGCAGCUAUGGGGAGAAGGGAGUGGAGGCUUUCAUGCAGCUCUCACGAGAAGCUGGUGGAAUCUGCAUUGCCCAAUCCUUGAAGAUCCCCCACGACCGCAAGCAGGCUGAUUUCGACAAAAUCAUUCGGAUGCUUCUCGAAACAAACCAGGCUCGAGCCGUUAUUAUGUUCGCUUCAGACGAAGACAUUCGGGAGAUUCUUAAUGCCAGUAAAAGAGCAGACCAAGUGGGACACUUCCUGUGGAUUGGCUCUGACAGCUGGGGGGCGAAGAACAGCCCCAUUCAUGGCCUGGAGGAUGCAGCCGUGGGAGCCAUCACCAUCCUUCCGAAAAGAGCUACUAUAGCCGGUUUUGAUGCCUACUUUACAUCCCGGACCCUGGAGAACAACAGGAGAAACGUGUGGUUUGCUGAGUACUGGGAGGAGAACUUCAACUGCAAACUCAUGAGCUCCUCCAAGAAAGAGGACACCAACAGAAAGUGUACAGGUAUGGAGCGGAUUGGGAUCGACUCCAAGUAUGAGCAGGAAGGGAAGGUGCAGUUUGUGAUCGAUGCCGUUUACUCCAUGGCCCAUGCACUGCACAACAUGCACAAAGAUCUGUGUCCUGACCAGUCGGGGGUUUGUGCCGAGAUGGAAGCGGCCGGCGGCAAGAAGUUACUUAAAUACGUCCGUAACAUCAACUUCAACGGAAGCGCUGGAACAUCUGUGACUUUCAACCAGAACGGCGAUGCUCCGGGACGCUACGACCUUUUCCAGUACCAGUUAAUUAAUAACAGCUCUCCAGUGUACAAAGUGAUCGGACAGUGGACCGAAACGCUCCAGCUCAACAUGGAGGACAUGCAGUGGCCCAGUGGUGAUUUGGAGGUACCCGGCUCCAUCUGCAGCCUCCCCUGUAAGACCGGGCAGCGGAAGAAAACUGUGAAAGGAAUGCCCUGCUGCUGGCAUUGCGAGCCCUGCGAUGGAUAUCAGUACCAGUACGAUGAGACGACUUGUAAGCUCUGUGCCUACAACAUGCGACCUAAUGGCAACAGGACCGGCUGCCAGCCCAUCCCCAUCGUCAAACUGGAGUGGCACUCGCCUUGGGCCGUCAUCCCCGUUUUCCUGGCCAUGCUGGGCAUCGUGGCCACCAUCUUUGUGAUGGCGACGUUCAUCCGCUACAACGACACGCCCAUCGUCCGGGCAUCAGGACGGGAACUCAGCUACGUGUUGCUGACGGGAAUCUUUCUUUGCUACAUCAUUACGUUCGUGAUGAUCGCCAAGCCUGACGUGGCUGUUUGCUCCUUCCGGCGAAUGUUCCUGGGCUUGGGGAUGUGCAUCAGUUACGCCGCACUGCUGACCAAGACGAAUCGAAUAUACCGAAUUUUCGAAGAGGGAAAGAAGUCGGUCACGCCUCCCAGACUGAUCAGUCCAACGUCGCAGCUGGCGAUAACGUCCAGUCUGAUUUCUGUACAGCUUCUAGGAGUCUUCAUAUGGUUCGGGGUGGACCCUCCGAACACCAUCAUCGAUUACGAUGAACAGAAGACCGUUAACCCAGAUAAGGCCCGAGGCAUGCUCAAGUGUGACAUCACGGACUUACAGAUCAUUUGCUCGCUCGGAUAUAGUAUCCUGCUCAUGGUUACGUGUACGGUUUAUGCCAUCAAGACGCGAGGAGUUCCUGAGAGCUUCAACGAGGCCAAACCUAUUGGCUUCACCAUGUAUACCACCUGCAUCGUCUGGCUGGCCUUCAUUCCUAUUUUCUUCGGAACGGCGCAGUCUGCUGAGAAGCUGUACAUUCAGACCACCACGCUGACCAUCUCCAUGAACCUGAGUGCCUCAGUGGCGUUAGGGAUGCUGUACAUGCCAAAGGUCUACGUGAUCAUCUUCCACCCGGAGCUGAACGUCCAGAAACGCAAGCGCAGCUUCAAGGCCGUGGUGACGGCGGCCACGAUGUCGACACGACUCUCGCACAAGCCCAGCGACCGGCCGAACGGCGAGGCCAAGACAGAGCUGUGUGAAAACGUCGACCCCAACAGUCCAGCUGCGAAGAAGAAAUACGUGAGCUACAACGACCUCGUCAUCUAAGAACCCUCAUCAGCAAAGUGGAACAAUCAGCGAGAAGGUGUAAUAUUUUGCCUUUUUGGGGGGCAAAUAUUGACUGGACGAGCGGGAGGGGGGCGUGAGGAACGAAAGGAAGACUUUUUUGCGGCUCUUGAAGGACCUGCCUGUUCACAUGUCGGUUUGAUUUUUGAAAUGUCAUCGGAUGAGAGCAAAACAGUGGAGAUAACGUCAGGACGCUCCGGUACAACACUGGAUGAUUGAAAUGGUGAUUUAUUUUGGAAUUAGAUUUUUUUUGUUGUUCACGUGGACAGAACAUGACACAGUAAUGGCACAAUCCUCUCAGAUGAUCUGAGCUAACCGUAAACGGCAGCUCCGGCACUAAGGACCGUUCAGACUUGCACAAUUUUGGAGAUACAGAAAAAAUAGUUGUUAAAAUGUACGGAAGCGUUUUGAAAUCGUCGUGCCGAGUGCUUGAACUUCCAUGACUUCCAAACUGCAGAUUUUUCAGACUUCUCAGUGCAAGGUGGUGUAACUCUUUAGCAUUUCUUCUAUCGUUACCCUUGUACUUCUUACGUUUUGGAGAAUUAUGUUCCGGAUUCUCUUUCUUUUUCUUGCCUCUUGA